AUGUCUACUGGGCCUCACACUCCCAAAAGUGACCCAAUCAAUAAUACACUUGAUUCCCUAACCGUUGCCGACGACAUCGUAACAGAUCAUCAAGACGAUCGUUAUAACAUUGACGAUCGUCGACGUAACAGAACGGAUGACGAUGACCUUAAAUAUCGACGAAGAAGGUCUACUAGUAGAUCCUUAUCACCACGUCGACCACGUUCAAGAUCUCGUACUAGGUCACCUAGGAGAACUCCACCCAAUAGACGUUCUCGUUCCCCGCGAACUCCACAACGAGAAAGAGAUCUUUAUACUUAUCGUCCACUUAAAAGUCGUCCAUAUAACAAUGAUCAUCAUUAUGAACCAGAUAGACGUGAAAGGGAUGAAAGGCAUCCUAAUUCACGCGAACUUCAUAGAGAGAGAGACCGAGAAAGGCGAGAUAAUUUACGUAGUCGUUCAAGAGAUACAAGGGAGACGAGGGUUUUGAUUUCACAUAGACCGGACAAAAAUUAUAGUCAAAGGUUAUCAGCACGGGAAACGGCAGGUAGGCAGACAACUUUUUCAAAGAAUACCAUGGGACGUAUUAGUCCCAAGCCAUCGUCCAACUAUCUACAAGCCAUAAACGCUUCGCAAAGAUCACAAAAAGAAUGUCGUGUAUAUGUGGGGAAUUUAGCAUAUGAAGUUAAAUGGGCACAAUUAAAAGAUUUUAUGCGCCAAGCCGGCGAAGUUGUUUUUGCUGAUGUUUUGAUUCAACCUAAUGGCAUGUCAAAGGGAUGCGGUGUGGUUGAAUAUCGUACUCCUGAAGAAGCACGACGAGCAAUUGAAACAUUAAAUGAUACUCAACUGCUGGGACGGCCAGUGUUCAUUCGAGAGGAUCGUGAGACUGAAGCGAAAUUUGGCACUGGUUUGAAUUUAAAUAGGACGGAAAGAAUAAUGCAAUUACCUUAUUCAGUUGGUUGGCAAGAAUUAAAAGAUCUUUUUAGAAAUGCAGGAAAUAUUAUUCGAGCUGAUAUACUUGUUGGUCAGGAUAGGAGAUCAAAAGGGUCAGGGACUGUGCUGUUUGAGACACCAGGAGAUGCUGCAAAUGCGAUUUCUAUGUACGAUGGGUACGAAAUGAAUGGGAGAAGGAUUGAAGUCCGUGAGGACCGUUUUGCCGGAGGACCACCUCCGCCAAGGUUCACAAGUCGUCCAACACGUCCUUAUACGGGUCCGAGUAAUUACGGACAUAACUCUGCUGGAGGAUUUUAUGGUCCAGCAGCCGUUCCACCGACAGGAUAUGGUUCAACUUAUCAAUCUAUAGGUCCUGGCCCAGAACAAUACGAUGGAUACGGUGGCGGUUAUAAUGAUUUUAACACUGCUGGUGCAGGCAUAAUGGAUUAUAACGGCGGUGGAUUUGGCGGAAGUUAUAUUCCCCCAUAUGGUGGUGCAACUGGAGGAUAUGACGGGUCAGCGAGUUACUUUCCUCCUGGAACGGCUGGUGGGUCUGGUACACAAAUCUUUGUCAGAAAUCUACCAUUUACUACAACUAAUCUGGAUUUAAGAGACCUCUUUAAAUAUUGUGGUAAUGUUCUAAGGGCAGAAAUUCUAGAACAAAAUGGGAGACCCAAAGGUGCCGGAGUAGUACAAUUCGAUUCAAAUGAAUCUGCGCGAAUUGCAGUUGAAAAGUUUGGCGGAUACACAUAUGGAGGUCGCAUUAUUGAUGUGAACUUUGACCGAUAUGCUUAA